AUGGGCCGGGGCCGGUUUUUGGGGGGCUGCGCGUGGCUGCUGGGGGGUCUGGCUCUGCUCCAGACCCUUUACCUGCGGGCGCUGCCCCCCCCGCGCCCCCUCCGGCCCCGCCGCCCCCCCCGGGGGGUUCUCGACGCCUCGGGGGCGUUCCGGGUGUACUGGGAUGUACUGGGAGCCCCCCCGGGCUGGGCCCGCGACCCCCGGCCCGAGCUGGUCCUGGCCACCCACGGCAGCCCCGGACGAGCGGCGGCGGCGCUGGGGGGGCCCUGGGGGGGGCCGCUAUCCGUGGCCGUUUUUGGGGCGCCCCGGGAGGGGCUGCAGGAGCUGAUGGAGAUUUUGGGGGGGCCCUGCCGGAGUUUGCGGGGCCGCCUGAGGCUGCACGUGGUGCUGGGGGCGGCGGGACCCCCCCCAAAAAUCCCGGACCCACCUCGAGCCCCCCAAAAUUCCGGGGGGUGCCGGGGGGCCCUGGCCAGGCUGGCGGCCGCCGACCCCCCCAGUUACAGUUUGGAGGUGCCGUACCCCGGGAAUCUGCUCAGGAACGUGGCCUGGCAGGGGGCGGCUGGGGGGGGGCUCGGGGGAGGACCCCCACCCAAACUGGGGGCGCGUUUCGUGCUCAUGGUGGACGCGGACGUGGUGCCGAGCCCGGGGCUGCGCGAGGGGUUCCUGGAGCUGCUACGGAACGGGGGCCUACACCCCAAAAACUGGGAGGGACAGGAGGGGCUGCACCCCGAAAACUGGGGGGGACAGGAGGGGCUGAGCGACCCGAAAGCUCCGGAGGCUCAGAAGGAUUUGGGGAACCCCAAAAGUUUGGAUAUUCAGGGGACUUUGGGGUUUCGAGGGGAGUUGGGGGACCCAAAAGAUUUGGAGGCUCCUGGUGGCCUGAGGGUCCUCAACACCUUGGGGGUCCCUGGGUUCCCCAAGGACCUGGGGAUAUCCAGAAGUUUUGGGGACCCCAAUGGCUUGAGUGAGCCCAGUGUCCCCAGUGCCAUGGGGGUCCCCAAGGGUCUGCAGGACCUGAGUGACCCCAAUGUCCUGGAGGUCCCCCACACCCCGAGUGACCCCCACACCCCGAGUGACCCCCUCACGGCCGAGCCCCCCUGGGCCCGGGUCCUUUUCGUCCUGCCGGCCUUCGAGGUGCGCUCGGGGCUGCGUUUGCCGCGCUCCAAGGCGGAGCUGCUGCGCUUUUGGGGCGCGGGGGAGGCGCGGCCGUUCUACGGGACCCUGUGCCCCCGCUGCCAGGCCCCCACGGAUUUCGGGCGCUGGCGGGCGCUGCCCUCGCCCCCCCGGCUGCGUGUGGCCUACGAGGUGCCCUGGAGGGACCCCUGGGAGCCGUUCUUCGUGGCCCCCGCCCGCGGCGUCCCCCCCUUCGACGAGAGGUUCCUCCAGUACGGCUUCAACCGCAUCAGCCAGGCCUGCGAGCUGCACGUGGCCGGGUUCCGUUUCGCCGUGCUGGAUGGGGCCUUCGUCACCCACCGGGGCUUCAAGGAGCCCGGGGGCUUCCACAGGAGCCGCGAGGCCGAGCUGGGCCAAAACCGGCGCCUGUUCCGCCGCUUCCGGGAGGAGCUGAGAGAGCGCUACCCGGGAUCGACCCGGCGCUGCUGACACCUGGGACACACCUGGGGACAGCUGCUCACACCU